AAUCUAAUACGUGCCGAUAAUACCGUCAUACAAUGUUAUAUAACAUUACAGGUAUAAGCUGCAAUUGUAAUUAUUUAAAUAAUAAUGCAUAAUGGAUACGUUAUUAAAUUGAUGGACUUAUUUUAAAACAAUUGUGCAAAUUGUGCUUAGAAAUGGCUUGCAGCUCUUGCGGUGAAAGCCGCUUUGCUAAUUCUGCACAGCUCGGUUGCCACGUCAGCAAGAAUCAUGCUGAGCUUUCUUGCGGUUGCAACAAAAAGUUCAUGGACGAAGAAAGUUUGGAAAAUCAUAAAAGUCAAAUGCAAGAUAAUCUGAAGAAAUGUCCAUGUUCUGGAUGUUGCCGUUCUUUCGACACCGCCAAUGGAAUGCAUCAGCACAAAAGAAGCACGGGUCACUGGGCACCGGGCGAAAGGGAAAACGCACAAAAAGAAACAGGCCGUGUGUACUGUGAUGACCGAUGUGGAAGAAGCUUUAAAACUGCGAGCGCCUGUGCAGAUCACAGAAAAGAUAUUGCCGCAAAAUACGGUAUUGAUGAUAAAUCAUGCCGUGGAUGUGAAAAGUCGUUUCCAAAUAAGGACCGGCUGGAUCAGCACCGAAAAGACACGGGACACAGCUCAAAGACGAGCUCAAGGGCAAAGGAAUAUCUUGACAAUUUUCACAAGAGCAAAGUAGCCGUAAAUAAGGAUGACAAAAAAUCAUCAGUUCAGAUUGUGGAUGGAACACUUCGGCAGAUAAUGGACCAUGUCAGGAAGUCUGAAGGAGGACAUAUCUAUUGUCCAAACGCAGUAAAGGCAGGGAGCUAUCCUGUUAAAACAAAGAUAGGAAAGGCGGAUGAAUUUGAUACAAAUAUACCUUGUAAUAUUACGCCUGAGAAUGUAAACACUCGUGGUAAAUUUUAUUAUGGAUACCAGCCUCUAGAUAAAAAGAUGGGAAAUUCUAAUAACAUGAAUGUCGACAUGAAACUGAAAGCUGUUCCGGGUGGCAAGGAAAUUCCAAUGGGAUUUGCCACAGUGGCUGUAAAAGAUGGAUCCGUUCCUGACAAGCUAACUUACAAUGGUAACCUUGUACCACGAGAAGUGAAAAAAGAUCUACAUGGAAAGAUCAAAACGGCCGUAAAAGAAUUAGGCUUGAAAAAUGUAGACGUUAGCAGGAAUGCACAUGGGCCUGCCUUGACACUGAACAUACAUCAAGGACCUGGUCGCCAUGACAUAAACGUCGACAUAACACCUUCAGUCGCAUGUAAUGUACCAAUUACUGAUAAUGGUUGGCCUCGCCCAGAUACACGCAUAGCUUUCAAAGACGGUGUCAUUGAUGACAUCAAAAAAGUCGGUACGCAUUUGGUUCCAAAGAGUGACGAUAAGUGGGCAUUAUCGUGUUCUAAAGCGGAAAAGGUCAUGCUUUCAAAAAUAGACGAUGGAAAUGGGUGCAGAAGAGAGGUCAACAAAAUCAUGAAGAAGCACGUGCAGAACUGUACGUCCCGUGCAGAGGAUGGACUUCCAGGAGUUUCUUCUCAUAUAAUAAAGCAUCAGAUUUUAUGGUCAGCCGAGAAACACCCCGAUCAAAGUUACUGGCAUCAUGGAAAUAUUGACAACUGUCUCAUUGACACCAUGGGAGACAUGGCAACAGCUCUUGGCCAAGGAAAACUACCAAAUUAUUUCAACACAUCCGACAAUAUUCUACGCGGGAAAGAUCGCGGAGUCCUUCGAGAGCUAGGGAGUUACUUUAAGGAUGAAAGGAAAAAACUGUUACAUAUGUGAUUUACAUUGCAGUUGUUGCUACGAUAAUAUUAUGAACAUUUAGUAUAAACUUUCAAAAACAAUUAUAACACAUACCAUGUCAAUGUUAUGUCUUAAGUUGUAUACACAUGGUGUAAAAACGUUUGAUCCUUAAUAUUUAUGUAGAGCUGUUUCAAAAUAAUAAGCAUUUUGAGAUAAAAGAAGACACACCUUGUGGUGUUUUUCUUUCACUGUUACAUGCAUGUGUGUUGACAAACCGGCGAGUGUUUAAUAAAAUUAUGAGGAAGAUACAUUGAAGAAAAAUGACUGAAAUAUGUAAUAAUAUUCAACAUUGAAGCCAAAAGACCGAAAUAUGUAAUAACAUCCAUUGAAAGGACAUAACUAUUACAUAAUUAUGUGAUUAACAUUGUCCACUUGUAGCAAUAACAUUAUGAACCUUUAGUAAAAAGUUUCAAAAAUUAUUAUACAGAGCAGGUCAAUUUCAGGUCAUAAGUCAUAUAUACAUGGUGUAAGAACUUUUUAUGCUUAAAAUAUUUUUUCCGUUAUUUCAUAUACAUCUAUGUGCCAUAUCUGUUUGUCGGUACUAUUUCAAAAUAAUAAGCUUUUUGAAAUAAAAGAAGACAUACGUUG